AUGUCCGAGACGCUACCCAGAGACGUCAUGCAGCGCUACCAGGAGUGCCUGAUCACCGGAGAACCCACCACGGAGAAGGACCAGAAGGUCAUUGCGGACCUUCUUUUCCAGUGGGCUCGUGAGCGAGGAGCGAUUGACUUCGCUCAUUGGUUCUUCCCGCUGCGAGGUGGAGGUGGGGCCGUGGGCGGUAUGCUGGGCGCGUACAAGCAGGACACGCUGAUGGACCUGGACUUUGGCUCCAAGUUCACCACGAAGCCGAUGAAGGCGUGCCUCCCAGCCGAGCGCCUCUUCCAGGGCGAGACAGACGGCUCCUCCUUCCCGAACGGCGGCCUCCGUGUGACGCACUCCGCCGCGGCUUUCACCACCUGGGACCGAUCCUCCCCCCCCUUCGUGAUGAACAAGACGCUCUACAUUCCCUGUGCCUUCAUCACGCACUUCGGGAAAUGCAUCGACGAGAAGACGCCUCUGCUGCGCUCCAUGGACGCCGUGAAGACCCACGGACUGCGCCUGCUGAAGGCAACCGGCCUGGGCAAGGAUGCGCAGACCAUCCACAGCUUCUUGGGCUGGGAGCAGGAAUUCUUCGUGGUCAAAGCUGAGCACUUCAAGGCGCGGCCCGACCUGGUCAACACCGGAAGGACGCUGUUCGGAAAGCUGCCCACACGCCAUCAGCAGGGUGACCUGAACUACUUCCAGCCCAUGCCCGGGAAUGUGCAGCUGUUGCUCGAUCGGGCCCAGGCCGCGAUGAUCAAGGUCGGAUGCCCCAUGGCAGUGAAGCACAACGAGGUGGCACCGGGUCAGCACGAGAUGUCUCCGGUCUUCCGGACAGCGAACGUGUCCUGCGACAGCAAUGUGCUUUUCAUGGAGGUGAUGAACCGGGAAGCUGCGAAGCUCGGCUUGCAGGUUCUUUUCCAUGAGAAGCCCUUUGCGGGCAUCAACGGCAGUGGCAAGCAUGCCAAUUGGUCCAUCGGAACGGACACAGGCCUCAACUUCUUCUACCCUGGCAAGAACGAAGAGGGCGUGAAGCUCUUUGUGACCGGCAUCGCCUGCCUCACGUAUGGCCUGGCCCAGUACAAUGAGCUCGUUCGCUGCACGGUGGCCUCUGCAGGUAACGACCACCGCCUGGGUGCUCAGGAGGCACCGCCGGCCAUCAUCUCGCUCUACCCUGGCCAGGGCUUCGAGAAGUACGUGGAGGAGAUCGUGAAAGGGGCGGAUCUGCUGGGCUACAAGGCAGAGAAGAAGAAGCAGCCGACGGGUGCGUCGCAGCCGAUGGCGGUGGAGGCCAACGUGGAGGAUCGGAAUCGCACCGCCCCUUUCCCCUUCUGUGGAAACCGCUUCGAGUUCCGUGCCGUGGGUUCGUCCCAGAACUGCUGCCUGCCCAUCAUGGUCUGCAAUGCCAUCAUGGCAGCCGGCAUGUCCCACAUGGCCGACCUCAUCGAAGGCGGCCUUAGCCACAGGGAUGCGGUCGCCAAGAUCUUCAAGGAGAACAAGCACGUGAUCUUCACGGGCAACGGCUACUCCGAGGAGUGGAAGACGGAAGCGGCCAAGCGAGGCCUGCCGAACCUGAACACGACGCCAAAGGCCCUGGCGACCUGGGCCAGCGACAAGAACAAGGCCCUCUUUGAGAAGAUGAAGAUCUACACCCAAGAGGAGACCUGUGCGCGACAGGAGGUCAUGUAUGAGAACUACAUCACCUCCCUGAGCAUCGAAGUUCAGACGAUGAUCCAGAUGGUCGAGACGGCAAUUUUGCCUGCCUGCGUGAAGGACCUCAAGAGAACAGAGAUCUUGCCGAACAAGAAGUACGCGCCUCCGCGAAAGGCAGCGUAUGAGGCGAUUGCGGACGAGCUUGAGAAGCUGAAGGUUACCUACGACAAGAGGCCACACGGUGCCCUGGACAAGGAAGCCACGUACCUCUGCGACACAGUGAAGCCUCGCAUGGUGGCCCUCAGACAGGCGGUGGACAAGGCCGAGACCCUCAUGGAGAAAGGCAGCUAUCCUUUCCCGACCUACGAAGCGCUCCUCUACUCCCACCAUUUUGAGGAGAGCUUCGACAAGUAG